AUGAAAUGUAAUAGCAUAAUAUUAUUUUUUAUUCUAAUAGAAUAGACUUUAUGCUUUGAUGGAAAUGAUAAAAUACUACUUAGUUUAUCUUAAUCAUUUAGUUCGAUAAUUGUUACAGAGUUAGGAGAUAAAGUAAUAUAUUAUAUAUAAUACGAUAAUAGACCUUUUUCUUAGCUGCUAUAAUGUCAAUAAAAUAUAAUCGAAUAGCAGUUUUAAUUGGCUCUACUCUUGCUCUUAUACUCAUCACAACAAUAAGUACAAUUUUUGGACUUGUGAUUCCUGAAUUGAUUUCAAUCCUAUAUGCAUAAAUUAUAGUUUCGAUUGUUUUUUAUUGUUUUGGAAUUAAAUUCUUAUAUACAUGGUACACUAUGAAAAAAGAGAAAGAAGAUUUACAAGAGGUUGAAUAGGAAUUAACAACAUUAGAUAAAAAAUUGAUGAAUUUACCAGAUCCUGAGACAGAUCAAGUUAAUGAUAAUGUUACUAAAAGUAAGAAUCUUAAUAUUUAUAAUAGAUUUUAUAUAAGUACAAUUCUAAUCAGUGGUUUGGUAAGCUUUUACUUUAACGCUUUUGGGUGAAUGGGGAGAUAAAAGUCAAAUUACAACUAUAAGUUUAUCAGCAAUCUAUAAUCCUUAUUAUAUUUUCUUAGGUGCAAUCAUAGCUCAUUUUAUUUGUACAGUUAUAGCUGUUCAUGGUGGAAAAUUGAUUGCAAAUAAGUUAUCUGAGAAAAAUUUCAAUUUUCUAGGAGGUAUAGCUUUUCUUUGUAUAGCACUAAUAAACACUUAUAUGGCAGUAUUUUUAUGA